AUGACCGAGCGUCAAUUCAAGAUUAAAGUGGGCACUCUGCGUCGAAUAAAAAAAGAUCUUGAGUAUUACGUCAAGGAACACGCUGUUCAGCAAGUUAAAAUUGACAAGAUGCGCAUCGACGGAAAAGACGAAAACGAUAUUCGGAAGCAAGAAGAGGUGCUAGUAGAGACAGAGACAAUGCUGCCAGAUUGUCAUAGUCGUUUAAAGGAAGCAGCUACUGAUGUGAAAAACUUUAUAAAGGCUCAUCAAGACGAGGUAAAGCUGCUGGAGACUUAUAAAGAAGCCGAGGAGCUACUGGUGGCUAUCCUUACGUUGCCGCCUCAGUAA